CUUUGACAACUUGUCAAGAGACAGGCGGUGUAGAAUUUACGUCUGUCAUCCUUCAUGCCGUGCAUUUUGCUCUUUUCGGUGUACUGAAAUUCAGCGAUUUAUUCGCUCGAGCGUGGGUAAAAGUCCCUCCAAAUUCGCCAUUUUUUCAGCUUGAAAAUUUCAUCUCUGCUGUAACAUUUUUUCGGAUUACAAUAAAGCCUUUACUCGGCUCCCAAUUCUGAAGUUCGUAAAAUUAAUUAAAGAAGAUUUGUACAAAAGAAAAUUUGCAAUCCCUUCUAACUACAUCCAAUCCCUUCCUGUCAUAUAUCCAUUCCUUCUUAAAAAUAUAUUACCUAUUUUUGGGGGUAUUCUAUUUUUCCUGAAAACAAAAUCAAAACUAUUUUUUUACCUCUCCUGUUCGAUCAAAAAAAUUUGGGUUAUGAGUUUCAUCGCGUCUUGUGUUGUUUUUCUGAAUUUCAGUAACACCUAAGGGCCGAUCACUGAGUAUUUCCUUCAAGGAUUGUAUUGUUUUUUUGAAACAAAAUUAAACCACACCCAUAACCUGAUCUUUACGUUUUUAUUUUUCAGAUUUUUUAAGGUUUGGUCAUACCCAAGACCUCUGAUCUUAGGGAUUUUUUGCGGAACACAGUUUUAUUUAGUGAGUUUCCAAAAAAUUAGGUCACACAGAAGACCUGAUCUCUGAGGUUUUCAGGCAAAGAUUGAUUGAUUAGUAUAAGGUCAUCGAAUAUUCAAACACUUCUAGUUCUUGGUUGGUCAUUCAAACGCUUCUAGUUCUUGGUUGGUCAAUUUGAAUUACCUGUUGGUAUAUUGGGUGCGUUUGCAUCGUUAUUCCUUAUCGGUACCACUAGUCCAGGGGUUGUUUUAUUGUGAGGAGGCCUCGGAAUUAGGGUUAAAUGACAGUGCAUAAAAUGGGAUCUGUGGAUAAGUGGCGGAAGUUUUUUGAGACCGCUGAGGCUGACAUAUGCAGUGUAAUUGAAUAUGCAAUCCUUGUUGCAGCCUCCGAUUGCCCAAAUGAAUUUAGAAGAAGGAGAGAUAAGAUUGCCGAGAGGCUUUACACAUCUAGGUUUCUCAGGUGCUGCGAAUGUGAUGCUGCUGUUCCUCAACCUGAAGAUCAUAUUGAUAAUGGCGAAAAUGAUGAUGAUGAUGGUAUUAAUAAGGGUUCCAAUAAUGCUAAGGUCACCAGUAGUAGCGAUGAUGCUGAUGAUGCAGAUAGGAAUAGGGUCAGCAAUUAUAGCUAUGACGAGGCUGAAGCUCUGACGGAGGAAAUUGAGGAGGAAUCCCAAAUUCUCAGAGAGGUCUUCAGGAUCAAAGACAUUCUUGCAAAUCGGGAUGAGCAGUCGGAUAGUCAGCUAAUCGAGUCAUUGAGAAGAUUGGAGUUGAUGCAAUUGUCUGUUGAAAUUCUAAAGGCAACUGACGUUGGUAGGAAAGUCAAUAAGUUGCGGAAGCACAAGUCGAAAACUAUUUGCUCUAUGGCAAAGAAUCUUGUCAGUAGCUGGAAAGAGCUUGCAGAUGAAUGGAUGAAAACUGCUGGAAAUGUUGCUGUAGCUGCAAUAGCAGGAACCUCUACCGACUCUGUUUCACCUGCAACUGCUGAUGAUGAAAAUGGACUCCCUUCCCCUCCACUCGAGGAUGUUGCCUUUCUGGCAACGCAGACAACUUCAAUAGAAAUGUCCCAGUUCUUUGAUGGUAUGGAUGAUGAUGGAAAUCCUCGAAUUCCUGACACAACUGAGAAUGAUGGUGAUGAAGAGGGUGAAAAGCAACUUACAGUACAAGAACUGCCUAAAAGAAAGCAGCAAGAUUACCAAAGUUAUUCAAAAAGGGAUGCUAGUCACUGCAGUAAGCAAGAAACUGCUACAGAUGGAUUAAAAAAUGGGGGGUUAAGAAGGGAUGCUCAAGUUCAGUCAGAAGCAGAUCGUCAUGUCAAUCUGAUGAGAGGAGCAAACUACAUGAUUGCCAGUUCUGGUCCUGGAAGACCACCAAUUGUAAGCCAGGAGCGCAAGUCCUAUGAAGAGAAUGUGCAGCAAAAGUUAGAUUCCAACAAGCAGCAGAUCAAGUCUAGCUCUCUUCCUUCUCAACAUAAGUUAAGCUCUCCCGAAGAUAAAUCUGUAAAAGUGAAGAUUGAGGCCGCAAAAAGAAGGCUUCAAGAAGGUUACCAACAAGCAGAGAAGGCCAAGAAGCAACGCACAGUUCAAGUAAUGGAAUUACAAGACCUACCCAAACAAGGUCAUAAUCAUGUAAGGCCAUUUCAUGGUAAGCCGGUGCCACAGCAUCAUCGCCAGGGGAUGAAUAAUCGAAUGUAAUUACACCCUAUUAUGCCAUCAAGUAGUUCAGGCAGCCCCUGAAUGGCCAAAAGCAUCUAAGAUUACCUAUUUCCUCCUGGAAUAGCUUGAGCAAAUAAUCAAGAAAGGACAAAUUACACAAAGGGAUGCUGGUGGUCAAUUUGAUUACCUGAUUUUCUGGGUUAUCUACAUGUAUAAGAAAAUAUACUUGUACAGCCAGAAAAUUAAGCUUUUGAAGGCUCAGAGAUUGAUGUGCAAAAGCUGAGCUGUUUGGGGUGCCUAUUUGUUUCCCAUUUUUGUCCGAAAGUUUGGGUCACUUUUCUAUUUGACUAGCUUGAGCAGACAGCAUAUCUUAAAAUUUGGAAGUGAAAGUGAAAUUCCACUUUUGAUGUGCAUUUUUUGUCCAGCAAAAUGAAAUUCGGCAGCUAGGAGCUGAAAGGGAUUUUGGAUCUUUUGAAAUUACGUUUAGCUUUAUUGCUUGACAACUUAGAAGCUGCCAUAUCUCGCUUUUAAAAAAAAAUCUGGCGAGGUCGGAUCAUACAACACUGACUUUAAUGUCUAACAUCAAGGGCUAUAAACUGUAUAUGGUGAAUUUUGUUCCCUAUGUACAGUUUACCAAUGGAAUGAUCCUGAGGAUUUUAUAUUUUUAGAAAAGAGCUUCACUGGUUUACUAGAUUAAAUGAUUAUCAUAAGUGAUGGAAAGUAAUGCUGGGCUGCCAAUAGUAAGGUUUGCUUCAAAAUAAGUCUGUAGUCACUUGAUGUGAA